AUGAUUUCCGAAUCUUCCACAAACUCCAUCACAACCAGUUUAUCCAUCAACCCAGCCCAAGCAUGCUUUUGGGUUAAAUAUCCACUGAUAGAGGGAAAAUUGGAACCCUUUCACCUUAGACCUAAGCCACCACCAGGAUGUCAGCUGAAUAUCGUGGAUGAAAGCUUCUCCCCGCCUAUCAUUAUUUCUGAGUACUAUGUUGUUCCGCUUCUCCAGAUAGUCCACGGACAUGCAUACCAAAUAACGAGAACUUUCAGCCAUCUCGAAAUAUCACUCUACGAUGAUGUUGUUAUUGGGCACUCAAAGAAAACAUGUGCCACACUUUCCUCUUUUCCCCACCCAAAUGGACAUACCCCCUGGGCUUCAGCCACAAUACCUCUCUUGAUUAAAUUGUCUCUCAUCGGGAUCUUGUUUUGUCACACCCUCCAGACUAACACCGACACUUUCAAUGGUACAAUUUUGCUCCACACAGCCGCCAGACCCUGA